GGAGGCGGGGGGCGGCGGCUGCGACGGAGGGGCCGAGAGCUGGCGGCGGCGGCGGUGGUCGUGAAGGGCAUCGGUGGCGGUGACGGAGAUGAUCUGAAGAUGGAAAGAGCCAGGCGAAGGGGAGGCGGCGGCAGCGGCGGCCGUGGCCGCGGAGGCAAGAAUAUAGGGGGCUCUGGCCUAAGCAAGAGUAGACUCUAUCCCCAGGCCCAGCACUCUCACUACCCCCACUACUCCGCGUCAGCCACCCCUAAUCAGGCUGGUGGUGCAUCCGAAAUCCAGGAGCUGGCCUCCAAAAGAGUGGACAUCCAGAAAAAGAGGUUUUACCUAGACGUGAAGCAAAGCUCCCGGGGCCGUUUCCUAAAGAUAGCUGAAGUCUGGAUAGGGAGAGGCCGGCAGGACAAUAUCAGAAAGAGUAAACUGACCCUCUCCCUGUCAGUGGCAGCCGAGCUGAAGGACUGUCUAGGCGACUUCAUUGAGCACUAUGCCCACCUGGGCCUGAAAGGCCACAGGCAAGAGCAUGGCCAGAGCAAAGAGCAAGUCUCCAGGAGGCGGCAGAAGCACUCGGCACCCUCCCCACCAGUGUCUGUGGGGUCAGAAGAGCAUCCGCACAGUGUCCUCAAAACGGACUAUAUAGAGAGGGACAAUAGAAAAUACUACCUAGAUUUAAAGGAGAAUCAACGCGGUCGCUUCCUAAGGAUUAGACAAACCAUGAUGCGUGGCACUGGCAUGAUAGGUUAUUUUGGCCACACGUUGGGCCAGGAACAGACUAUUGUCCUCCCAGCCCAGGGAAUGAUUGAAUUUCGUGAUGCCUUGGUUCAGCUGAUUGAAGACUAUGGCGAAGGAGACAUAGAAGAGCGAAGGUGCGGAGACCACGACCCACUUGAACUCCCAGAGGGGACCUCUUUCAGAGUGGACAAUAAAAGGUUCUACUUUGAUGUGGGCUCUAAUAAAUAUGGAAUUUUCCUGAAGCUCACAAAUUGCCCUAAAUCCAGAGCGAAUCCCAGCCUUUUUCACUGUUGUCAGACCAAGCAUAAGGAACAGCCCUAUGAUCCUACAAAAACAGUUGAGGAAUAAGGACUAAACCCCUUAUGUUCCACUCCAGAAAAAAAGGCAUUUGGUGAAAGAAAUGAACCGAAGUUCAUCAUGAGUGCAAGGCUUCUGCACUUGGCAUUCCUGCCCAGAAGGACAGACAGAUAUCACCACCAUUGGCAUCAUUUUCACACUGACCUUGAGCGGCAAGCCUCCACCACACUGGAGGGCGCAGCUGGGUUUGCUGGGGAGGUGGGGUGCGGUGGGGGUGUCUCGUUAAGCCUUUCAGUUUCCCAAUCGCUGUUUGCCAGAGUUGAGGGAGAAGACAUGUAGCGUUGAAAAUACUUUCCUAAGAGAUCAUGUAACUAUUUAACUCUGAAUUUAAAUUCUGAGGAGAGUGGAUCGUUUCAAUCCACUGCCUCAUAUAAGAAACACUUUUUUAUAAUCUGUAACUGCUUUAGUGUUAACAGGGUACAAGGUGGGUUUUGUCCUGUAUUGUAUUUCAAAGGUUCUCAUCGGUUGUGACUGUAUUGUACUGUAUGAAAAGAGUCAGAAAUUGCCUUGUAUUGUUUCUAAUGGACCAUAACACAUACUGAUUCAGUUUUCAUGUUCCAAAUUUUUCAGUGAUGCAUGUUCACAGUUAGGUCCUAAAAUCCUGUGGUGCUAAUUCCUCCAUAACCCGAUGGUGCUUCUGUGGAUGCUAACUGCACACAUGCUAAACAAAGCUUGAAAUUUACAACUUCCCUCCCUUCCUCUGUUUAUAUGAAGUAAAAUAAAAUAACUUGAACUUGUCUCAAAGUAUCACUGACAAUCUAAUAAACUGGUUUAUAUGUGUCAUUAGUUUGGAUUCUUAUUUUUCAGAAGUCACCUCAGUCACACUGGGCCCCAAAUGCUGAUCUUACACGUGUUCAUUUCUUUAUUCAUUUGUGCCUGCAAAUUUAUGUUGUCUCAGGGAAUGUAAAUCCAUUUUAUCUAACUUCUGAAACCAUGUUUGGAUAGUACCCAUAAAACCAAGCCUUGUCUGGCCUAAGAAUAAAUGCCAAUAUGGUGCCUUUGUCUAUUUUAGUAGUUUAUUGAUAGUUGAUCAUUGAACUGAGCCAGAGGAAAACAUUUGCAAGAAAGCAAGGACAGGACACCUUCUAAGUCUUUAUUUAAUUUC